AUGAUUGCCGUCAAGCAAGUGAUUGUUCCCCUGACGGCAAGCGACAAGAGCAGCUCGAAGCAGCAGGAAGUGGUGACUGCGCUGAAUGCCGAGAUCGAGACCAUGAAAGAUCUCGACCAUCUCAACAUUGUGCAAUACCUGGGCUACGAGGCACUGCCGGAAGUGUGCAGCCUGUUUUUGGAAUACGUUCCCGGUGGCUCGAUCGGAACGUGUCUGCGCAAGCACGGUCGAUUCGAAGUCCCUGUUGUGCAUUCGCUUACACGACAGGUCGUGGACGGUCUUGCGUAUCUUCACUCCAAGGGAAUUCUUCACCGCGAUCUAAAGUCCGACAACCUUCUGCUUGAUCUCGACGGCGUGGUCAAGAUCUCGGAUUUCGGCAUCUCGAAACGGAGUCAAAAUAUCUACUCGAACGACGCCGAAAUGUCGAUGCAAGGCACGAUCUUCUGGAUGGCGCCCGAGGUCAUCCACAGCUACGUGCACCACGAGAACGAGGGCUACAAGAAGCAAGGCUACAGCGCCAAAGUAGAUAUCUGGUCCCUAGGCUGCGUCGUGCUCGAGAUGUUUGCCGGUCGUCGGCCAUGGUCGAACGAUGAAGCGAUCGGCGCGAUGUACAAGCUAGGAAACGCCAAACUAGCCCCGCCGAUCCCAGAAGACACGAUCGAGUACGUGCAAGAAGACGGCAAGGAAUUCCUGGAUCUGUGCUUCAUUACCGAUCCUGAGAAACGUCCAACCGCGCAGGUAUUGCUCGACACGAGGUUUUGCGUGCCGGAUCCGACGUUCAAUUUCGCAGACACAAACCUCGCGAAAUUGAUCAGCUCGAAUGACAAGCGUGAGCAGUCUCAGUUCUCGGGCAAGUAA